GUCUUCGCUCUAAUUUUUGGUAUAAAGGUAGCGUUGUGAACUACAGUUAUUCAGUACAUAGCAAUCACCUGAAGAUGGCUGAAUGGUAGUCAUGCAAAACAUAGUAGCAAGAAGUCAACAUUAUCUGGCUGCUGUCCCGAAAUUUCGUGGAAUACUCUUUAAUCUGGGAAAAUUUCAAGUAGAACAAGAAAGCAAAUGCUUGACCCGAUUUGUUAACUGAGCUUAACAUUAACUACUGUAUUAAUUAUGUUUUUUAUUAAUGUUACUGUUAUAUAUUGUUUCUGGAAUACAUUUGAAGUGUAAUUACAGUUUUGACGAGUCCCAUGCAUCUUAAAUCAGUGAUUUAACUUUGUAUGUUGUGGAACAAUUAACUUCUGGUAUUGCCUUGAAGAUGGUAGUUUCCGUAUAGAAAGAAAAAUGAUUUAAGUGAUGUCAUAUAUCAAUCCAAAAUCAAAAGAUAGUGCAAUAUAAGGUUUUGUUAACAAAAGGGGGACAAAAGUACAUUCCGGAAUUUGUAGCACAUGGAGCAAAGGCACACUGGUUGUCAUAUGGUGGAAUGUGACUCCUCAUGAACAAUGUAGACUUUACUCAAAUUUGCACAACGUUAUCCGGCGGCAAUCCCGCAAAUAUGCCAGUGUGUAAAAUAGACCACUCGUGAGACUGAUGAGGUAAAUGAGGAACUACAUAAAAAUAAAUGAAGAAAGAUCACACAACAUUACAAUAGAUAUAAGAAAAAAAAAGGACAACACCGUUCCGAUCUGGCUAUUAAAAGAGAGAUUCUUCAGAUUCGAAAAUACUAUGGUAUCUUGUGUUCUACACUGAUAAUCUAACCCGCAACGACAAUGUAAUGUUACCGUCAUAACUGUUGUGUUACCAAAUAGACCAUCAGUUGAGUAGAACAUUUGACAUGCAGUGGGCAUGGUACCUAGAACGACACGGGACUUCGUCCGGGGAGUGACUCGACAUCGAUCCAUCCCCUGUUGGUGCAAGUUGUCAGUGGGAGGAAGACCGAAGCGAUCUGUCAAAAAUUGUAGUGGAACUUUAGUAGUCAGUAUUUCGGUUGAUAGAAAGUGACGUUGUAGUAAUGGGCGACGGUAAAAAAAAUGCCGUAUUGAAAUGUUACAUUGUGUUUAAGAAGUACGAGUUUGUCAGCGAUGUAAAUUGUUGAACUGUGGUGAAAAAAUAGGUGUUUGAUGUGAAGUGCUGAUUAUAUAGUCUCGCCGAAUAAAAGAUUUUCGCAUUUGGCUGCAAAAGUUUCAUCGCAGAAAUGACAGCCAUAGAAACAGGGAAGCAGCACAAGGAAAGGCUAAUAUGGAAUGUAAAGAGGGAGGUAAAACAAAUAAUGGAAGAGGCUGUAACACGCAAGUUUGUUCAUGAAGAAAGCAGCUCAAUAACAUCUCUAUGUGGAGCAGUAGAAGCUUGUCUUUCACAAGGUUUAAAACGACGUGCUCUUGGUCUCUUCAAAACAAGCUCUACCACAGCACUUAUUCACAAAGUUGGGAAGGGCUUUGAACCAGCUGCAGUUGUCUCACAACUUGUGAUGCAAGCAGAGGCUGUGGAUCCAAAUCGGCGUUCCAGUUCAAGUGGCGACUCCUCAGCACUGCAGAAGAAUGGUUCUCAGACUUCACCGCCACCACCACCUCCACGAUACCUAUGGAUCCGCAUAGCACUUUUUGAGAAAUCUUUGGCCAAGAUAAUUGACUACUUGGUGCAAAACAGUAGCAAAUACUAUGAGAAAGAUGCCCUUGUCGCAGAUCCUGACUAUGGCUCAAUCUUGAGCUCCCUUCUUGUUGGCCCGUGUGCAUUGGAUUACUCUAAAACAAAGACACAGGACCAUUUCUGGACUGAUCCUCCAGCAGAUGAAUUAGUGCAAAGGCAUCGUAUAUCAACAGGUCAGAGUACCCCUCCUCCUCGACGCCGUACUGCCCUGAAUUUUGGUCGAAGUUUACAUGCGGUAGGAUCUGAGGAAUGUGUACGGGCACUACCGCUCUCAGCAAAGGAUUAUGUUGAAAGCCUGCACCAGAACAGUCGAGCCACUCUACUUUAUGGGAAAAAUAAUGUUCUUGUUCUUCCUAAAGACCGGACUGAACCUCUGCCUGGAUAUUUGUCAUUACAUCAAACUGCAAGUUCUCUUACCAUAAAAUGGACCCCUAACCAGUUGAUGAAUGGGUAUUCUGAAUCAGACAUUUCUGAUAAAAGCAUGUAUUGGGAGUAUGCUAUGAAUGUACCAAUAGAAGAAGUCGUCUAUGUUCAUUGCCAUCAGCAAGCUGACAGUGGUGGAACUGUUGUCUUGGUGAUGCAAGAUGGAGUCCAGAAACCUCCAAUACAUUUUCCUUGUGGAGGUCACCUUUUGUCAUUUCUGUCAUGCCUUGAGAAUGGUUUGCUACCACAUGGACAGCUGGACCCCCCACUAUGGUCACAGAGAGGAAGAGGCAAAGUUUUUCCACGUCUUCGAAGAAAGGGGCGAGCUCCAGCACAACAAGAAAGUGAAUCAUCUGAUUAUGUAUUUCGUAUUGUCAGCAAGACAAAUCAUGAAGACUUUUUAGCGGGCACUGAACUGAUGGAUCCGUGGCCUUGGCGUAACAUACCUGAUCCCCAGCGGCUUGUGUCCACGUCUACCGCGAGUAGCUCCACCUCAUCAUCGAAGUCAUUGAGUCUUGAUCCAACACCAUCAACACAUAUUGCAGAUGCUGCAUCACCUGCACAAGGUGACCCAAUACAGCAAGUAUGUACCUCAAUGAGGCGACAGAUAUCAUCUAGGGCAUUCUAUGGGUGGCUGGCUUAUUGCCGUCACCUGCGUACAGUUCGAACCCACCUCUCAGGACUGGUGCUCACAACGAUAGUGCCAUCCAGUGAUGCAGAAUCUGGUCUGACUGCUGAACGUUGGGCAGAACUAUCUAAGGCUGAAGGGCAAGCAGCAGAAAUAUUUAGGCUUACUUAUUAUGGUGGCAUUGAACAUAGCAUUCGUAGACAGGUAUGGCCGUAUCUUUUGGGACACUAUGAAUUUGGUAGUACAGAGGAGACACGUAAUGAGCUGGACCGUCAUACACGUCAGAUGUAUGAAACAACAAUGUCAGAGUGGCUAGCAGUUGAAGCUAUUGUGCGACAACGUGACAAGGAAGCUAUGGCAGCCAAUCUGGCAAAAUUGUCUUCAGAGAGCACAAGUGCUGAUGCACCACCACCUACACCAGCCAUCAACAAAGAACUUAGCAAUGAUGUGUUUGAAGACAAUAUUAGUGAUGGUGCAGACAUAAGUUAUGGUGCACAAUUAGAGGAACAGCAGAAUGAACAUAAUCAUCUGGAAGAAAAGUUUGCUGCUCAGUGCGCAGGUUUGGGGAAGCUGACAGCAGAAUGCAUUCGUCGAACUAGUGCAGUUGACUCUGAUGAGGAUGAUCCAACAUCUCCAGAUGAAGGUGUCGUAGAGGAUGUUGAGACAGAAUUUUUGAUGAACAAAGCCAACAACGAACCAGUUUCUGAAAAAGUGUAUACUGAAGCAAAGACGGCAGCACAAUCUGGAGCUGUCAUUGUGACAACGAAUCCAUCACUUGACAGUGGCACACAUUCAGAUCCUCUAGCUGAUGACAUGGGGGAGAGAACGCUUGAAACGCAUCCUGAAGAACACGAUACUCUUGCUGUAGAAGAGGAGGAGUCUGCCCGCUCUUCCUGUGUAUCCCCAGCGAGUUCACAAGGUGGAGUCUACUCGGCAGAACUGCUGGAAACAUUUGGCUUGAAUUUACAUCGCAUUGAUAAAGACGUUCAGAGGUGUGACAGAAACUACUGGUAUUUUACACCUGAUAAUCUGGAGAAGUUACGAAAUGUUAUGUUCACGUAUGUUUGGGAACAUCUGGAAGUUGGCUACAUGCAGGGAAUGUGUGAUUUGGUUGCUCCUUUACUUGUCAUCUUUGAUGAUGAAGCCACAACAUAUGCAUGUUUCUGUCGUCUCAUGGAACGAAUGGCAGCCAACUUUCCACAUGGGGGAGCUAUGGAUACACACUUUGCCAAUAUGCGGUCACUGAUACAAAUACUGGACUCCGAGAUGUUUGAAUUGAUGCACCAGAACGGAGACUACACUCAUUUUUAUUUCUGCUACCGCUGGUUUUUGCUGGAUUUUAAGAGAGAACUGGUGUAUGAAGAUGUCUUCAGUGUUUGGGAAACAAUCUGGGCAGCAAAGCAUGUUUCAUCAUCACAUUUUGUACUUUUCAUUGCAUUAGCUUUAGUGGAGACCUAUCGGGACAUUAUACUUGGUAAUAGCAUGGACUUCACAGAUAUCAUCAAAUUUUUCAACGAAAUGGCUGAACAUCAUAAUGUGAAACUCAUACUAAAUCUUGCAAGAGAUUUAGUGCUGCAGCUGCAAACACUCAUCGAAAAUAAAUAAUAUUUUUAUGCUUACAAAAGUUAUUGUAAUAAUAGGAUAUACUUUAAGCACUAAAGUACAAAAAUUUAUGCCCUCAGUGUUGGUGAAUGAAUUGCUAGAAUUGAAACUAAAUAACUGUUUUGAUUUUUUAUCAGGGCAUUCACAAGUCUGAUCUGUCAUUGCCAAAUCAUAUUUAAGCCAUGAUUGUAGUUUAAAGAAUGUAUCAUGUGCGAAUCAUCUGUCAACAUGAAUGGCGUGCUGAUAAUACAGCACUCUUCAGUAAUGAAGUUUUGGAUUAAUGUAACAUUUUUUUUCUUCUCCUUCCAUUGAAAUUACCAUUAUGAAACUGUCUUCAAGAAAUAGGACAAUGUUUUUAAAGACUGAAAAUUAUUUUCAUGUCUUAAUUCCAUUUUCAUCGAUGGUUUUUUCAUAAUUUAGAUGACUUGAGUUGCUGGAAGUUACAAAAAAUUGCAAAUAACUAUAAUGUUCGUAAUCAUAUAUGUAUUAUGUAAAAAUGAAAAAAGGUUAGUCUCUGUAUUGAUCUUUGCUAUUUUGGCUGCAAACAUUCUUUUUCUUAUUAUGAAUGUAUGAGCUACUGUAGUGUGCUAGCAUAUAAUGGAAUAACCUCAUAUACACAAAGCACAGUAUUAGUAAGUAAAAUAUUUCAUGGACUGCCAGUGAAUUAAGAAAAGGUGCUCUUGUAAGGAAUAAGGAUUGGUAUUUUCCCUUUCUGUUUGAUGUCUGCUUUUUAACUUAAGACAGAUCUUUGCAGCGAAGAAUGGUAGAUAUUUUGUAGCAUUUCUGUUGAUCAGCCUAUUAUAACCAAUUCAAUAAUUUGAGCAGUUUAAUGGACAAAUAUGAUAAUGGUUUCUAAAUUGAUUUUUAAUAUUACAUCAUCUUGCUGAGAUUCAUAUUUUAUUGGAGAAAUUGAGGAAAAACACAAAAUGGACAUUUUGAGAGAGAGAAUUUCACAGAAAGAUACGUUAGUAUGCAGUUGUUCAUCUAUUUAUGUGUAAAGAAUCUCUUUCAGCAUAUUGUUGUUAUAAAAAUAUAUUAAAUGUUAAAAUUUAAAAAGUAUAUAUGAAUAUUUUGUUGUAAUUACGCUAGUGGUGGAAUUCAUGGGGGAGUUAGUUUUUAAUUACAAGAAUUGACUGAAAAAAAAAUAUGAAAAACUGAAAAAAAUGAAAAGCAGGCCUCAUUAUCUUGUAGCAUGCUUUAGAUGUUAUGUCUUCCUGAUAAUAAAUGAAAUAUAGAAAGUUAUUGAAUGUUCGAUGUUUUAACUUUGAAGGUUAUAGAUACAUUAGCAAAUGACAUUUUUGUAAGUACUGCUGUGAUUGAGUAAUUCAUAAUGUGCAAACAUGAUACAUGAGUAAUUUUAUUCCUUGAAAGCCUUCGUAUUGAUAAGUUAUGGCAUUCUUUGCCUUCUUUAGAUGAUGGUUUCAUGUCAUCUCAUUAAAGCAUUAUUAUUAUGAAUACUACAAUAUAGUGAUCUGUGAAAUUUAUACAAUUACCUUUUUCUUUCCUUUUUUCAUAUGUAUUUAUAUAUACCUAGAUUGUUGUUGGAAUUGAUGGUAAAUGUAUAUUUUCAGAAUGCAUUAUGUUCCACAUUACAGAAAUUAUUAUAGACUGAAACUUCAUCAUACUUGAAACCUUGUAACUUAUAUUAUUAACCAAUUACUACAGGCAAAUUAACAAAUCAGCAUUAAAGGUAAGAUACUUGUAAUGUACCUACAGGCUUCCAUGUAAGCUACAGAAAGUAAAUCCAUGUAUUUGGGUAUCAUUCCCAUUUCAUAAUUAUUUGCAGCUACAACUUUUUUUACUGUUAUUUCAACAACAGUGUAGGGAUAUUUUAGCAUAUUAUUAUUUGCUGUAUUUUAAAUCACAUACUCACAAAUCCUGAUUAGUGUAUAUGGUGGGAAAAAAUGUGUUGAGCAAGCUGUUUGAAAAUACUCUCUCUCUCUCUCUCUCUCUCUCUCUCUCUCUCUCUCUCUCUCUGUGUGUGUGUGUGUGUGUGUGUGUGUGUGUGUGUGUGUGUGUGUGUGCGCGUGCGUGCGUGCGUGCACGCGAGAGUGAGUGAGUGAGUGAGAGAGAGAGAGAGAGAGAGAGAGAGAGAGAGAGAGAGACAUUCUGACUAAUGUAGGGCUGCGCAGAAGUGCAUACUUUAAAAAGACUUCACAAAUAAGUUAUAAAUGUCUAAUAUAAAUGAAAGAAAGGUGGUUUGCUAUAAGAAGUGAGCAUAGAUAAACGUUUCUGAAGUAAAGUGAUCUAAAGAAUGACACACAAAACUUAACUGAAACAAAUCUGGAGGUAGACUGAGCAUUUGAUGGACAAGUUAAUGUGUAAGUAAUUUCUACACUUAGUAUGUACUUGCCAGUUGUCUUCUAUUUUGUGGCAUUAAGAGAGAGAAAAGCUUGUUCAUUAUGGAUAAAGUGAACAGUUUGGAAUACAUGUUUGUUAUUAGAUUAAAUCAGGAAAUAGAGGGAGCAGGAUAUAAUUAAACAUCACAGGUAGCCAAUAUCUUGUAUGCUUUGACUCUGUAUAUUUAAAAAAAGUGGAAGUGAGUGGGCAAGUUAUAUUGAUUGCCUAAUGGCAUGUGCAAGGGCCUUCAUUUAUCACUUGUCAGCAUCUGUACCCCAAAGCAAAGCAGCUGAAACUUCCUUGCACACUCUGUUAUUUAAUCUAACCUCUAGAAGACAAAGGUAAAAUAGAUGUGUAAUGGACAGGGAACAAGUCCAAGAUUAUCUAAAAGAUGAGACAUGUGGAAUACAGCUCUUUACUGCCAUAUAAUUUAUCAGGAAUCAUUGGUAUUAAAAUCCAACAUUUAGAUAGUAAUCUCAUCAAAAAAUAAUAUUGUAUUAUUAAACUUUUUUCUGUUUUUAUCUCUGUUUAAUUUUUUCUUCCUGUAAAAUAGUACUGAAUCAUUGGUAUAAUAAUAGUGUGUCAGGAAAGAAUGUUGAAAAUGUUAAGACAUAUAAACAUUAUUUAAGUAGUGUGCAUACAGUGCAAACUAGCACACAGUAUUCUUUUGUUCAGUACCUAAAUUUUGUGUACCUGGUCUUUAAAUGAAAAGUACCUAGUUACAUUUAAUGGAAGUGCAAGUCUACAAUAUUAGCAAAAGGAUAGAGUGCUACUAAUCGUUAAGAUGACCCACUUAGUUGCAGACAGAUACAGUGAAAAUACUGUUACACAUUAUAGCUUUUGGCCAAAGCUGCCUUCAGGAAAGAAAACAUGUCUUUUAUUUCUGCUUAGAAAUGGAAAAAAAUACAUGUAAUGUCUUUCCUUAGAACAUUAAAAGAGAUUAGAAGUGUAAGAAAUAGGAUUUUUUAAUGUAAAAAUCCUUUUCAAUCUAAUCUUUGCUUUUAAUUGUACAUUAAUAUUUGACAUUACCAUGAUUUAUGUUUUAACUGCUCAUAAUUGAUUUACAUGGGAAAGAUAUAAUUACACUAACUGCAUAAAUUGCUGAUACCUAUGUGUAUUUCAUAUUUACAUUAAUUGUUUUUUUAAUAGUGAUUGAGUUACUAUAGACACAUUUAUUGUUCAUUAUAAAACAAAGGCAAAUUCCAUGAUUCAAAAAGCCACAAAUGAUUUUUCAAGUAGAAAUGCUGUUUGGUUGUGAAAUCAUCUAAUGUACUAGAAAUUGCUUUUGCUGCUUAACGUACAAUAUUAUUUCACAAAUUUUCCCUUUGAUGGCGGCCGCUCUCCUUUGCUUUACAAUGGUGUUCAACUGUUUGCUAUAAUUUUUAAUACUAAUUUGUCUGAAUAAUUUAAUCAGAAUUUUUUAUAUGUUUUUACUUUUAUCAUAAUGAAACAGUUCUUCACCUAAAAUUGGUGUACAUCACUUUUUGGCACUCAGAUGUGUGUCUAACUGUCCAAAUGCAGACUGCUGUCAGAUGAUACAAGAUUGUAUUCAUGUUUCAGAGAUCAUAAUUACAUCUUGUGCAUACAUUUUGUAAAUUAAAGAAACAAAUCAAAAAUGAACAGAUAUUUUUAAGAGUACCCACUCUGUAAGAAGUAUAAAAUUAAUAUUUGUACAUGAAAAUUGAUUUUCAAACCAUUUUUUCCUUGGAUUAAGUGAUUUAUUGAUUUACACUGUAAAUAAAUGAGCAAGUGUUGGUAAUUAGAUGGGUGUGAAAUAUUCUGCUGUUGUGCUUCCAUCAAAUAACUGUUUUCCCAUUCAUAUGUCGUAUGGGACAAAAAAAAAAGAAAUUAUAAGAAUAAUUAAAUAUUAAUUGUGAAGAACUCAUUUACAGUUAAUUUAUUCCGGCAGACCUGCAUUUUAAUACAACCCUGUAUAACUACUUCUGGCCACAUGUUGUUGGCAUUGGCAUGCAUUCACUUUCUUUGAGCUGUCAUGAAAAUGAGUUGAAUAAACCCCACCAGAAUGCCAAAACCUGGAUGCAACUUAUUUUCCUUCUAACUUCGUCUUACACUAUGCAUAUAUACAAUGCACCCUUACUUUGUGCCACUCCUUGAGCAUUGCUUAGAUCCUAGUGUAUAGUAAUGCUUCAAAACUCAAGUUUUGUCCCAGGAGGUCAUUUUUAAUUUUUUUUAAACAUUCUAUUUCUUGGUAUUGUCUCCAGACCUUUGCCAGAAUUUCUGAUAAACAUGUAUUUGUUUGUGGACAAGAAGGCAAGGACGUUUGUUACCUCACUGGUUCAGGUCAUCAAUGUCAGCAAAAAUAUUUUCUUUUCUGACAUUACAAUUAGGCAUCAUUGAUGUAGUUAAUCUUUAUUGUCCUCUGUUUGGUCAGUAUUUCUGCAUUUAAACAUUUACGCCAUUAAAAGGAUUUAUUUCUGAAACUGAAUGUGUUGUUUGCAAAAUUUUGGAAGGCCAGAGUCUUCAAUAUUUUUAAAUGACCUACUGUACAGCAGAUGAGUGCACUACUUACCCACUUGUUUUGCUAGCUGGCAACAGAUAUAUGUUCAUGCAUAGCUCUAUCCAUCAAUUGGAUGUCUGGUAUUGACUCCAAGCACACCAUAGUCCAUCUGAUAUAUCAACUGUGGGAAAAAAAUUCCACUUCAUGUUUGAUUUAUUGUCAUACAAUAUGAAUCUUGUUACUAUUUUAAUAUAAAAAAUGAUUCUUUGAAUUAUUUUUUGAAAGUAUCUUUUUUUCCUUUAGUGUUUCUUUUAGAAUAAAAUAAGUUUCUAAAUUAUUAAGUCAGUUGUAAGGGAAAUCUUGACAAUCAUAUUAAUAAAUUACAUUUCACUAAUCAGAAUGAAUUAUAUGCUGCAUUCAGUAUUUAUAAACAACUAUUCCAUACUUAAUUGGAAACUGAAGCCCAGACAAACCCAAUUUUAAAAUUUAUAUUUUUGUUUUUGCCUACCAAAUUUUUCCACAUUUUAAUUCUGUGUCCCAAUUUCUUCUUCUUAAAUAAUUACUGGAAAUGAGUCUGUGUAUUUUGUAAGAAAUUUGAACUCCGUGUACUUUGUUGCUGUUAACAAUCUUCAUGAAAGCUAUUCCAUUAAAACGAACAAUUUGAGACACAACAUUUUAACAAUGCUGUUGAUUACUUUAGUUAUAUCCUGCCAAUAGAAUAUAUGAUAACAUUGAUUGUGGUUACUCAUAUCAAUAGAGAGAUCAGUAUAUUUUGGGGAAAAGGUGAUAUUCAAACUAUAUUUUAUGAAUGUGUGCUUCUGAAAUGUAAUGAAUGAUUAUAUUGAAAAUACAGUAUUAACUUUUUCCCAA